CACCAACGACCCCAGAUACCGGAUCUCAGAAUUUUGUUAUUUCGUGCAGUCGAGAUCGGGCGAAUGACUCCCGUCUCCCGCAACAUGGUGUAAUAAUUUGUGUGCAAAAAAAAAACAAAAUGGGAACGUUAGUGAUAUUUUUGUUGUGUUUGUGUUACUUUGGUGCAGUGUACGGAUCAGGGAAUUCUUUGAAAGAUCCAUACAUCUGCGGACUGCCUUCCUGUGCACCGUCAGAAAAGUUCAAGUACUUAUCAGAUAUAACUUAUCACUAUGAAUACAAAGUAAACGUCGAAACCUACUUUGCGGGCUCUAGCAACAACCGCUCUACAUUAUAUGUAAAGGCACAAGUUACUGUACAAUUCAUAACAGCAUGUGAAGGUUUCCUUAAACUGAGCGAUGUGACCCUUAUUGAUCAAGAUGAGAACUAUCCAGUGGAGAGAGCAGAGAAGUUCAUUCAUGCUGUAUCACUCUAUGAUCUCAGAUUUGCAUUCCAUGAUGGCAUCAUCUCAGAAAUUUGUCCAGAAGAGGCAGAACAAGACUGGGUGCUCAACUUCAAGAGGGGUAUACUGUCGCUAUUCCAAAAUACCAUGAAACGAUUCGACACCAACUUUAAGGGAGUGGAGAGAGACAUCCAUGGCACUUGCGACGUAGAUUACCAUAUCCGUGGCCAGGAGAACACCAGCCUGAUUCUGGUUAAGACCCGUGACUUGAUGCUGUGCAAGAACAGAUACAAGUAUAUGUCUAUAUUGCAGACUGUGCGAUACGAUUUCCAGAGCAAAUUCCAAACAUGGCCAGUCCUGAAAUCUGAAAGUAAAUGCCGCGUAUCUGUCGACCAUCACAUCUACAAAUCUGUCAAUUGCCGAGAAAGACAUUUGUUCGAACCUUUCUCGGGAAAGAAUUCUGGUGCAAUGACUACGGUCGUACAAGACCUAGUUCUAACCAAAGAGAUCAACAAAACCGACACCGAAUUCAUGGAGACUGAACCUAAAGGUUGGGUGAUCAUACAGAAGCGAUCGAAUCUCUUCCACUCGCACACACCGUACGUUAAGGACGAAGCGGGAGACCUAAAGGCGGCCAGAGAUGUACUCAAAUUGCUGUGUUUAGUGAAGAAAUCAGAAAAUGGCGAGCAAUCCAGUGUAGACGAGAAUAUGGACAGCAGUUCCAUAGUAGGUUUGUGGGGAAGACUGGUGCGGUCCUCUCGGCCUUUACCUUACACCGCGCUCUCUCAACUUCUGUCUAGGGCGCCUCUCAUGUGUGACGCUGCUACGAAACAUAUGCUUGACGCUCUACCGUACAUAGCCAGCUCCGGGUCCGUGGAGCUGAUCAAAGACAUGAUAGUGAGGAGAGCCGUAGACAACGAAACCAGGCAUGAGUGGCUCAUGUCUAUGGCUAUGAUACCCAGACCGCGACAAGACAUGCUUAAAAGCAUGCUGCAACUAUUAGAGACGGAAAAAAACGACAAAGUUGUCAGUUUCACGGUGUCCUCUAUGGUGCAUUCGUACUGUAGGAACAGUGGGAAAACACUGCGUGAAUGCUGCGAAGAAGAAGUACCAAAGAAAAUUCUAGAACAUUUCCAAGGUAUCGUAAGGCUCACCGUCGAGAAAGGAUUAUCAGUCACUCAAAGAGAGGACUAUGACAACCUGGUAAUAGGCAUCAAAGCUCUAGGCAACAUAGGCGGAUUCACGCAGGACUUCUCGAACGUCCUAAUGGAGGUUAUAGGGGAUGCUCUUGCACCGGUACCGUUACGACUCACAGCUAUUGACGCGUUUAGGAGGACACCCUGUAUAGAGACACGUGAAUAUUUCCUGGAAAUGUAUCGAGAAGAUGCCGUCAACAUAGAAGUGCGGAUAGCGUCAUACCUUCAGGUGAUGAAGUGUCCCACGCUCGGCACCAUGAGGAAGAUAUUCCAUUCGCUGAGAAACGAACCUGUGAACCAAGUGGCGACAUUCGUCUGGAGUCACCUGAACAACCAGCAACAGUCUUCUCUCCCCUCCCGAGUGGAGAUCCAGGGACUUCUAUCGGGACACACGAUGCCUCAACUCGAAGAUAGCCCUGACUUCAGAAUGUUCUCGAGGAAUUACGAGCAAAGUGUCUUCUUCGACCAAUAUAAUGCAGGUGGCAACUACGAAGCCAAUGUGGUGUUCGCUCCCGACUCGUACAUCCCAAGAUCGGCCACACUCAAUCUAACCAUUGAUAUGUUUGGAGAAUCUAUAAACAUAUUGGAGGUGAAAACGCGCGUAGAAGGUUUCGAAAGGUAUUUUGAACAGUUCUUCGGCCCCAAAGGACCGUUCAACAAAGAACGAGUGACCGAGCACUUGGAGAAAUUCCGCUUCUAUCGCUCCACCAACGAAGCCGAAGAGCUCCGAGGGAAAAUCGAUGACCUCAACUACAAAAAUGAAGCUCUUAAGCACCGUUUCCCUAUGGCCGAGUUAGGGAUCAAAGUGUUCGGAAAUGACAUUUCGUUUUGGAGUGCCGAAGGAGACGAUGAGAUUAAGAAGUCUUUGCAAAGGCUGAAUCCCCAGCUGAGGAUCUUAGAAAUUUUGUCUGGAAAGGAAAUAUCGUACGAGAAAGCAUCACUUUUCUUAGACACCACGUUCUCUGUACCUACCGGAUGCGGUAUGCCUCUCAAUUUAAACCUUAUGGGUACGAGUUAUAUAGACGCUAAACUGUCUGGCACUGUGGAGGAUAAGUUCCAGAAGUCUGGGCACUUGGACUUCCAAGGGAAGAUAAGGCCAAGCAUGGCGGUGAAUAUAGCCGCUACUAUGGGCGUGGUAGCAGGUGGAUUAGCUUCCAGUGGAAUACGCGUCAAUUCCCGCUUAUAUACAGCCACCGAUAUAGAAACAAAGCUAUCUGUACGCGGUAUCGGAAUGGUACGAUUGGACCUCUCUCUACCUACGGACAAACAAGAAAUAUUCGCCGCAAAGUCAGAACUGAUAAUCCUUCACGGAGAUCAAGAGUUGCAACAACAGGGUUUAAACCAAAACAGGAUAGAACAAAACACUUGCAGCUGGAGUACUUUCGACAAAGCUAUCGGCAUCAAAGUCUGCGCUGCUUAUCAGUUCCCGAAUAUGACCAAUCUGCGUAACGCUCCUUACUUUAUAAUGAGCGGUCCUGCGAAAUACAUUCUCUCAUUGGAGAAAGCUGAUCCGUCAGCGAAGAAUUACGCUUUUGAAUACAAGUGGGAUAAGAAUGAGACGACUAAUGUCAUUGGGUUCUCCUUCGAUACUCCUAACAGUAAGGAAAAGCGAAUGUUCAAUGCCCUCUUAACUCUCUCUAACACAUCGAGCACCGCUUCUUUGACCGUUCAUUCCGCCAAAAGUACCAUAAAGGCGCGCGCUCUCUACCGGAACUUACAAGACGACAAAACCAUAGAGGCGACAUUGGACGUAGACGGCCGGAAACAGUUCGAUACGCUUAUGUCUUUGACUAGGCACGACAUAAAGCACGGAUACGUUUGGGUGCCGCGUGCUUAUUGGGUGGUGGAUGACGAUAAAAUAGCCGAACUAUCGGGUGUGUUCAAAUUCAAAUCGAAAGGGGGCGUGACCCAAUGUGACGUAUUAGCAGACUUCCAAACCAAACAACUAGCUAGCCAUCUCGUAGGAUAUUACACCGUAAACGGUCCUACGCACGGCACAAAAUUGCAACUAGACUACCAAUUCUACAAGAAUCCCAAACAGACGGUGAAGCUAGAAGGGGUUUAUAGUGAAAGGGUGUUGACGUUCAGACACGAUUUGUAUGGAGAGCUAGCGAUGGAUUUCUCCGCUUAUCCGAUGUAUAACUUCUACACUGUCGUCAGGAAUGUCAAAACUCAAAGUCACGUGGACGUUAGUUUCAACGUGAGCUCUUCAAAGGCGCAGCAGACGGACCCUGCGUUCAUAUUCAGUUUCCGGCAUAUUGACAAGAUCAAUGGUUUAGAAUUAGACACCCAGCUCACACUGAAGAGGCCCAAGUUAAUCGACAUGAAGUUUCAUUACGAUCAGGUUGGACCGAAGCAUACGGCGUUAGCUCUCCUAAACUUCAACCCUAAGUCCAGAGAGAUCAUGGUGUCUGGCUACUUGUUCUACCCUCCCGGCACUCAGCUUUAUCUAGAUGCUGAAUUGAAUAUGACAUUGCCGACAUUACACCCUUGCUCGAUCAAAACUAAAGUGUUGGAGAAAACUCUGAAUGAAUACCAGAUGCACGCGACAGGGGUUUGGUUCACCGGCAUGGAUUUCAACAUAGACGCGUUGUACCAGGACCAGUCAAAAACCAAUAUGGCGGCGCACAGAGUGAAGUUGCUCAUCAACAGCUCACACUUCAAGGAUAUCGCGAUCCAUGCGAGAUUCACACAGGAUAACAGGCAGAUCACUUUCAUUGGACAGGGUGAAUACAACGACAGCAAGUAUCGAACCCUGGUCCGAUACGUGAUACUGUCGGAGCAGAACUUCAUGACGUACGCCGAAUUGGACAUCGGCGAGAAGGCGUACAGCGUCAAUCUGAAUGCGGACCUCAACAAUAAUACGAAGAUCAGCAUGGACAUACAUUUCGAUCAAUUACGCGACGUACAGAUAACUUACCAACGCUACGUCACUCCCCGACAGAAGCUACUUAGCGCCUCCCUCAACUGGGAUGCGAACCGAGACCCCUCGCAGAAGGUGAGCGUGGACAUUCAACUGGACAAUAAAGGUGCGUGGCAUCACGGCGGUCACGUGACCUUGUAUUACCCAGGAAGGGUGGUCAAUGGGGAGUUCGAGUUCUUGCUCAGAGAUUGGUUCUGCCAGUGGCACGUCCGUAUGGGUUGGGCCAACGACGCCACCAUACUGUGGCGGGUGAAGAUGUUCUCUGAAGCGAGAGACGAAACUGUAUACGCGCUGCUAUCCAGUAUGACGACACCUUUCGUGGGCUGGCAGGACACUAGCUUCAACGUUAUGUGGCGUUACCAUGACAACUUGCAAGCUUUGAACGGUAGCAUGAACUGGCAAGAGAAUUACCUCUCCUUCAACCUGCUAGCCGACUACCUGUUCAAAACGGAAGAGUUUUAUGGGGAGAUAAACGCCAUUGUGAACUCUACUAUACCGACUUUACCGAAAGCAGCGGCCAUAGCGAGACACAAGGUCGUCUGGAAGAAGAGCGCUGACACUCUGCUUAGUUUCCAGUACAAUGAAGAUGGUGUUAUGAUGAUCAAUUCCUCGUGGACCCUGGACCGAGGACGAACCAGUAACAAUAUUACAGGGAAAGUCACGCUGCUUACACCGUUCAAAGGCUAUACAAAAGGUUUCCUCAAAACUGAAUUCGUUUUGGGCCACAAACGCGACAUCAAAGGCAUCACAUAUCUAGAUAUGGAGGACAAAGUGGUGAAGAUCUACGUUAAUGGUCACAUGAAGAGAAUAACAAACUGCAUGUUGAUCGUAAAUGUCACCAGUCCUAUGACGGAUUUCUCUCAAACAACUGCUCGUUUCGGCUUCAUAGAGGCUGAUAGACACUUGGUGGCUAUGGUUGUUACUCCAAACACUACUACAGGUGUGGAAGUGCUCCUCAAGUUGUUAUCGGUGCAAGAUUUCCACAUAUUUGGUCACGUGGCUUUGCCCGUGCAGUAUUUGAACAGAGCUAUUGUUACGGCCAAAAGAGCUCCCGAAGAGCUCGACUUUAGAGUGGGUUGGGGCACUAUGGACUUCGGUUUCACAGGCAUUUGGCACUGGCAAUCAAUUCUAAACUUCGUAUACGUGUACAAACUGUACACUCCGCUAGAAGGAUUCGAAGAGAAUGGAUUGGUUUUGAAAAACGUCUACGGGAAUGGACUCGAUACCGAAUUGUCGGUUAGACUGUCGAAGCAUAAGUUCGGUAUAGCUAUACUUCUUCAUGACAACGGCAAAGGUCUCCUGGAAGUCCUCCAGGACAGAUUCCAGCACGAACGAAAUACUUACGACACGUUCAUAGACAACUUUGAUACCAGCGCAAGGCUAGAUUUGGACACUCUAUACUACCCAACAGUUACUUUCCAAGCGCAUCUUAUGAAGUUCGUCGGUAUAGAUGAAGAGGACAUUAUGGAAGUGAACGCAACUCUACACUUACCGGACAAACCACCGAUUAUUCUCACCGACGUCUUCAUAUUGGAGUCUUACACCGUAAUGACGAACACUUUGAACCUAGUAACGCCAUUCCAAGCGAUAAAGGAACUCAAGUCUGUAUAUACCGUAGAUAUUACUAUAGGAGAGAAGUUUAAUGUUUCUUGUCUCGCUCUACUCUACAACGGCACUUAUUGGCACGAGAUAUCAUACAAAGUAUACUACGAAACGGAAUCAGGUGAAGACGACACAUAUCAAUCGUACCUAGCUUCGGUCGGUAUAGUGACCCCUUUGAUAGUUCUACCGUCUUUAGAAGCUAAAGUUUCUGCGAGAUUAGAAGAAGCUUUAUGGAAGAUGUCAGCUGAUAUAGCCAUGCCUUCCUUCGUAGUCACCGCUUUGGCUAGACUUGAGCUAGAUGAUCCCUUCGUAGAGACCUCAGGUCAUCUCAACCUGACGUCUCCCUACCUUGAGGACUACUUCAUCAAGAUGGAGUUUCGCAAGGACUUCUCGGAAACUGAUAAUAUGGUCGGCGGCGGUAUUCAUAUACAACAAGGCGACCAGAAUAACUACUUAUACGCAGAAACGGAAUGGCGUCCUCCACCCAACCGUCACAUACAGUUCAAAGCUCGUGGCGCUUUAGUUCCAGUAUUACCGCCUUCGGAGCUAGCCAUACUAUUCUCUGAAGAAGACGGGGAGAGAACUCUAACCACAGAUUUCUCAAGCGAAGACACUUAUUACUCGCUAAAAGCAGACCAGAGGCCUACGUCGAUCAGUAUAGCGCUGGGAACGCCACACGAACGAUUUAGAGCUGUAAAGAUAAUCAGCAAUUUUGAAGCUGACGACAUCACGGGUUCGUUCGUGACCGACACCAUGGAAUACGCCAUCACUGGUAAAGUCCUCAGUCGGGAGCCGAUGGAAAUGUCAGUAAACCUAGUUCCCAAAGGCGAUGGCAAGUCUAUAGCCAUCCAUAUGAAGUUCGAGUCAUCUCCCACUCUAUACAGUAUGUUGGCACAUGUCUCCGGGCCAGUACAGGCCACUAUACGGGCCGGCGCUGCCAUGGAGAACAACUAUACUGAUAUAUACUUCAAGAUGGAUUCACCUCAAAUACAGAACAAGGAAAUGUACUUCAAGACCCACGUAGACGUUUACCCUGGCCUCAGACGCGCUAUAACCGUACAAGCGGCCACGCCCCUCAAAAGGAUCAGCUUUAUUAAAGGCGACGCGGAUUUUGUGUUCGGUCCAAAAACUGGUUACUUGCUUUGUAACUACGAGUUGCCGGAUAUGAAGGGAGAGGGGGAUCUCAAAUGGAGCUUCCUUAUUGGUGAUCUCUUUAUAAAGGCCAUAGGCCACCAGCUGGUAAAGAAGACUGAGAAGAGCGUAGACCUGGACAUCUACUUCGGGAACAGCACUUCCUCAGACGGACUGGUCUCCACUGAUGCUGGCUUUAGAAUGGACCUGGACCGCAUAUGGCAAAUCGGUGGCAACGCAUCAUUCGGCUACAUAAUGGAUCAGCGAAUCAGUCUACUCAUUAACGCGAUAUUACCCAAACCCAACGUGGACGUACACACUCUAAGAAUAGAAGGAUCCCUGGGUGGUAACACUGAUCCGACCAAGUCUUUAGACGCGGAGUAUAGGACAGACGUGACCAAGAUCAUCACUGGACUCAAGGGAACUGUAUCGAUGAUGCCGGACAGUUUCGACACCAACUCCACAAUAACAUGGACAGCCAGCUCUCAGUACAAACACGUGAACAACCUCCUAUUCUACAAGUGGGAUGUUAACGGGUCGCAUUUCGUCGACUACUCGCUCACUUCGCCAAUAUAUGAAGACAUAGAGACGUUUAAGCUGAAGGGAUCGUACCAGAAGGAUAUGGUUCACAACCACAAGAUUAUCAAAGGCUUGAUGCAUCGCCCCGGCAACAGUCAGAUAGGCGAGUUGGACAUUAGGUACGGGGGUAUGGUACAUACGGAUGGACAUUUCAAUCUCACUACGCCAUUCCGGAGACUACCUUGGCUCAAAUCGAUACUCAACAUAAACUACGUCGAAGAAGAGUCUGACAACAAAGUAGAAUUGUUCUGGCCUAACAAAACGGCAUCUUUGAACUCCACCCACCAAUACAAAGCCCGCGAAGGUGGAUUCACCCAAACGGGCACCGUAUCUCUAUCGAUACCCCUCAACACCCAGCACUUGGUCAAUACAGAGUAUUAUUACGUACAAUCUGACAAAUGGAGCAAUGGUAAUGCAACUAUAGAUUUAGAUCGUGAGAGAUUUGUGAAGGGUUCGUUUAAGCAGGUGUUAAGUAAAAGCUCUAGGGAUCUGGAUUUGGCUACGACAGACAUAGAAGUGGAAAACGUUCAUACGCCGGUGGGAGUGAAGUAUAUCCACGAGUUUGAUACUACUGGCAAUGUUGACGUGAAACAAGCUACAGUGUUCCACCUCCAUAACGCUACCAAAUUUAACGUGACCGGAAAACUCGACGUAUUCACUUACGACGUCGGCAAAAAUGUGGAGCUCACAGCUUUACACGGGAAUAGAUCCUGGACUUUCGAGAACAAAUACGAGGCGGUAGACCGGGACCUUAAACAAGGCAGUAAAAUCAAAUGGGCCGAUGACGUGUGGUUGAAGUACGAUAUACAUGUCACUAAUAUGACCAAUGACGAUACAGAAUCGCAACAACUAAUAAUGAACGUAUGGUAUCCGUUGCGUUCGUUCAAUCUCAAAGCCGUAUACAAUCUCCAAGACACAAUGUUGGAUGGCAAAGCACGCCUGAGCUGGAAUGUACGCGAUGAGAACAAAACUGCCGAACUCAAAGGGAAAUGGGAGAACCCACCAAUGGCUGAAGGGAAUCAACACAAUAUUGAUUUGUCGCUGUCCCAUCCCUCUUUUAGAAAGGAUGUAAAUCUUAAAGGCCAGUACAUAAGCACACCGGCGAUCAUGUCUAACGUAUCACUUGAACUCCAAUACUCCGACUACGAGAACGAGUAUUUAAAACUGAGGUCCAUACUCACUGACAACUCAAAUGGACCAAUAAGAGACUACAAAUUCGCAUUAAAGUGUACACACCCCUCAUCAAACUUAGACUUGGACAUGAAAUCCGAUAUAAACAUACGAAACAGAUGGUAUUACUUCAACAACUACUACAGAUUUCAGAAGACACUUUUCUACGAAAAACUGAGGCAUACCAAUAUGUUGAUUGAUCUGAGCAAUAGUUCCGUUCAUUGGGAGCGUGCCAAUGAAACCUAUUAUUACAAAGUUAACGGUACUUGGGAACUAACAUACCCCGAGUACAAAGCAUUCGUGAAAGUACUUCGACCGACAGGCAAUGAUACUGGAGUCGCUGUGCUAUCUACUAAAGACAAGUCUUUGAUAGCUCACUUCAACAGUACCGAUGAUAUCUCCUACCAUAUAAUAGGGCGUAUUAUCGAUACGCGUUCCGCGAUACUAGACGCAUGGCGAGACUUUGAUGACGUCACGACCGUUGACUUAGCAUCCUACAUUAGGCUUAAUCACUCUAGAUUACUAACCAGUUCUUUCGUUUGGCGUCCCGAAAUAUUCAGCGAAGUUAAAGCAACCGCUGUUUACUCGCUAAAAGCUCUGUACGGUACAAUUAAUGAGACACUGGUCAUUAUCAAAGAAAUGCCAAUGGAAGCCCAUUUAGCACUCAGAAACAUUUGGACUGACGCGAAACCCAGAGUGCGAGAAUUCUUAGACGACUUGAACGAUUUGCACGUCAUCAAAGACGACUUGGACGAGUUCCAGCGGUUCUUGAACGAGUCCUAUGGCCACAAUGACUUUUACGUCAAAGACAUUGUUGAAUUCACGUACUAUGUUCUAGAUGAAAUGGCUAUUAGGAAUCAUUUGGAGAGUCUUCCGGGAAUCGUGAAUGAUAUGUGGGGCAUGAUGGGGAAUACUAGUCAGUCUAUAAAACAGAGUUUAACUUACGUAGCUGAAACUGUAAGGAUGGCCUAUUCGAAUUUCUUGGAAUCCGUGAACAAGGUUUUGGAAGCGGAUUUCAUGGAACUUGUUUCCGCUAGACUGGAAGCUAUGAUAAUGCAAUACGACAACUUUGUUAGAGAUAUGCAUAUGAGAUUGCUGGAGUAUUGGGAAGAGACAUGGGUUAAUGCUACCACAAGACUUUAUAAAUAUUGGCAUGAACUACUGAAGUCCAUUGAGCCGUUGUUCUUCAAAGUUUUGUACUACACCGAAUCGUUCGUAGUAUCUAUAUGGAAAGGGAUAAUGGACUUCUUCUAUAGUAGAACUCAAGAGCUGACUGACUCGCCGUAUUUCAACUACGUGUCUACGUUUAGCCAGGAGGUUGAUAAAAUCUACAAAGAUCUAGUAAACAAUGAUCUCGUGACCAACAUAAAGAAGUACAGCAAGAAGUUCAUGAACGUGGUAUGGAGUAAGAUCGAAAAGUACAUUCCAUUCAAGGAGGAGAUCAUGCAACUUUAUGCUGAGUUCAGGAACGCCUGGGAGUCAUUCUUGAAGACUAAACAAGUCGUCUACGUUAGGGAUAAGUAUACAGAAGCCUACACGCGUCUGAAAUGGUGGUACGACUACUUCCUGAUCGGUGAAGCACUGGAUAAGGUCGGAGAGAUAUUGUACGAAAAAAUCACAGACAUGGCCAAGACAGCGUUGCAAUAUGAAGAGUUACAUCGUACACCAAAAACUCACUUCGUGUUCGACCCCAACGAAGGCACCAUCUUACUAGAACAGAAACUGCCCAUGUCUUGGCACGCCUUCAACCGUACUCCCGACUUUAGCGAGAUAUCCGAGUACCGAGCCGUGCGGAACUUCAUCGACGAUUGGCUCAACACCAACAAGAGCAUCUGGAAUUACUACUACGAAUUGCGACCUUAUAUGGACCUGGAUAAUAUUCUGCCACCUUUCCCUGGUAUGGCGAUAAUGACCGCCCAAGGCACACUGGUGACCUUCGAUAAACGCGUGUUCAGCAUAUCAGAAGCCGGUACAUUCCUGUUGAGCAAAGACUAUAGGCAGAACAACUUCAAUCUGCUGCUGGAGAGCGGCGGGCAGGGGAGAUACAACCUCGUAGUGUUGACUAGGGCAUCGCUUAUACAUAUAGACUUGUAUAACGAGCAAGUCUCGAUAGGUGAUGCGGUGCUGAAUCUACCUGCUGUAAUAGAAGAUUUCACGAUAGACAGACGGACGGACGAACUCACUAUACGAGGACACAACGGGCUGCUUAUAGAGUGUGACUUCGUAUUCCGCACGUGUAAGCUGCAAGUUACUGGCUGGUACUACGCCAGUUUGGGCGGCCUUCUCGGCACUUACAACAACGAACAAUACGACGAGAUGCAGUUACCAAACGGAACACUUACCAACUCGAGUCUUACCCUUGGUAGGGGAUGGAGUUUGGGCCAUACUACCCCAGUACUGCCUAUAGCGAGGCAAGAGAGAGGAAAUGACACACAAUGUGAUAAAUUCUUCUUGAACAAAGUGUCUCCGCUGCGGCCCUGCUUCUCUAUUAUAAACGCGGCCCCCUUCAACGAGGAAUGCUUACGCGGCGUCGACGCUUGCGCCCUCGCCUCAGCGUACAGAACGCUGUGCGCGCAACUGCAUGCGCCUACGCACCUGCCCGACCACUGCGAGCAAUGCAUGACUCCCCAAGGCGAUCUAAUCGAGGAAGGUUCCUUCUAUCACAUAAACCACGUACGAAACACUACAGACGUUGUAUUCAUAGUAGAAGCUCAGUACUGCAACAAGAAUAUAAGGAAGAGGAAGAACAUCGACUUGUUCAUCGAGGCGUUUGAUACGAGGCUGCAAAUAAGCGGUAUAAUUGACAACAGAUAUGCAAUAGUGGGUUACGGCGGUCGCGGAGUGUUCUCAGAACCGCGCGCUCUGUACGUGGACAACAAAGUGUUCUCCGACGUCAUGCAAAUACCGAAGCACUUCGACGCACUCAACAUAGAAAAGUCUGAUUUAGUGAAGAGCAACCAUACAGUGAGGGCAGAUGUGUUUGAGGCCCUCAGUUUCGCCACCAAACUGCCAAUGAGACCGGCCGCGCCCAGAACUUUCAUACUGAUGCCUUGCACGCGCUGCGAUACGGAGUAUAUGGAGCUCGAUUACUCAACCAUCUCUCACAGUCUGAUGGAGAACUCUGUGACCCUGCACAUCCUUAUGGACGAAGACUUCAUGCUGUCCAAGAAGCGGGCCGCUAAGUAUUUGUUCGGAGUGGACAGUACUCACGCGUACACGAACAAGGAUUACGAGCUACUAGUGGGCGACACCGGACUCAGGAAACAAGUGCGUUUGCCCAAAGAGAAGCUAGGACUAUGUGCCUCACUGGCUAUGGAGACCAAUGGUACGCUUCUGGCAGGAGGCAAGUUACAAGGCGAACGCGGCACUGCGCGCCGCUUCGCCACCGUCGCGGGCGCGCGCGCCGCCCUCACCGCCGCCCCCGCCAACUGCGCGCGCGCCUCCUGCGAGUGCCGCGCCCCCCGCCUGCACUGCCGCCCCUGCGCCGCGCCCUCCCCCGCCCGCCUGUCGGAGCUCUCGUUCUGGAAUGCCGACGACAUUGACGAGCUCAUAGACAUAGCCAUGGAUCCACCCACAAUACCAUCACUGAGCUGAUAAUAUCCAUUAUUCAACCACAUUCUUAGGUAUUAAGAUUGUUCAAUAUUGAAAAUGACGAUUAGUACUUACAUAAGUCCAAAAUUGUAAUUAAUUCAUCUGAUUAAUACAUGAGUAUCAAGGGCCAUUUUAAUGUUAAUUAGCAUAUUCAAAUAGGUACAAGACUCGUAUAGACUAGAUAUAUUACAAGCACACUGUAUAAUUGUAUAGCAUGUUCUUUUUUAAGUGUAAUUAUUUAUGAAAUAAUGUAAAGCAAAUCAUUUUUCUUAAUAAAUUGUAAUAAAAUUAUUUUUAUAGACAGUAUUGUACUUCUUUAUUUAAUCAAACACCCAUAUUCUAUAAUAACACUAUUCAAAAUAAUUAUCAGUCUUCAUAACAUAAUAUAAUUAAAAUAUUUCAAAUCAGAAUCAACAAUCUAAUCAUACAUUAUCACUUACUAAACUAUUUUCACACUUAACAAGAAAUUUUACUUAUGAAUUUUAAAAGCCACAGCUACUCCAACUAUGACAAGCACAACAGCGGACAUCUUAUAUAGCAUAUUGUAAAUUACUUGAUUUUGACCAGCUACUGAAUUGACUAUUAGAUUAUUCAUAAGGAAUACUUGAUUACUUUCUUCAAUGAAAGCCUGCUUUUCCUCAUCAGACAUUGUUUCUGCUAUCUCGUUCAUAACAGCUCUGAAAUCGUUCUUAAGCUUGCUUAUGUCAGCAUCUCCAAAAUCUGUCACCUUAUCAGUGUAACUGUCUGAAUUUUCUUUUUCUUUUCCAAACAUCUUCCUUUUCUUGGCAAGGAUCUGGCCACCGCUGAGCAAACCCAGGUACAAAUGAUACACAUAGGCCAUCAGUAAUGUUGGAUUCUCCUUCUCCAGCCCCUGUAGAUGUUCCAAAUAGUUUUCCAGAGCAGUCGAUUUGGGAAGCGACUGCCAGUUCUCUCCAAGAUAGUGAAGAAGAUCUUCUUCAAAUGCACUUUUUCUAUGUAAGCAUUUCUGGACAAACAGCUUAUUGUAAUCGGGCAUAUUUAAUCUUUCCUUAGCAUCUUCUAGAUAUGCGAAAAUGUGGUAGAAGACAAACAGACCUCCUCCCCACACAGUUUCAUCACGAAGUGAGAUGGCAAACUUUGCAUUCACUAAUGCGUCACUGACCGAAUGUAUUUUCCUUGUUGCUUUCCUCAUGCGAGUAGUAAAUGAUUCUACGUUUUCCGACAUUUUAACAAGUAUUUAAUUAAUUAUAGCAAAUCGGUAAAUUAAAACAAGAUAACCGGCAGGUAAACAAGAAUGAAUCAGCUGAUUCUGUGCACUGUUAUUUUUUUUUUUUUUUAAUUUAUUC